ACGUUGAGAGGGAAUCACAAAAGGUGAGAUCGCUCUAUGAAUCCAACGAGGGCCUGAACUGGCAAGAUGGGGUGCGCGUCUCGUUUGCCGAGCGGCUUGAGCCCACAGAGGAGGUGCCAUCGGACGAGGAAGAGAACGUCGUUUCUUCUCCCUCCGAUCCUCAGCCAAGCGGCCGGCCUAUCGUGCAUUCUCCAAGUAUCACUACGCCACGGUCGGCCAGUUCAUUAUCUCAACGACGAGAUAGCCAGGUCAGGGGGGGAUACGAGUGGGCCGGCGGUGUCGAGGACUGGGAGGAUGUCGACGGAGGCGACGUUGACCGGUACGGCUUCAUCACCCGGAGGAUGCCGGGGUCUCGGGCAGGGACACCCGAGCCGAGAUCAUCGCAGCUCUCGCCUAGGAGACGGAAUGUCCUAACGAAGCGGCCCGGGUCGGCCUAUUCGUCGUCGCCAAACGGACAGCUGCGCCCGCCAAGCAGGAAGGUCUCAGCACGUUCCCUAAACACAUUUACCUCGGAAUUCUCAACAGUAUCACGAAGGUCGGCGAGGUCGUCGAUACGGUCUGCCACAAAUCGCCUGCCGCACAACCGGGACCGCAGGUGGAUGGACGAGGCCGGCGACAUGCUUGCGCUGCAGCCCGGACCGGCAGAGGACGACAAGACGGAGAAGAGCGCAGAGGCACUGAGGCGCAAGGAACUGGAGCGUUCGGAGAAGUGGCGCAAGAUGGCCAAGGUCGCCAAGAAAGUAAUAGACGGUCGCGGGGUGGACUUUGAGUUCGACACCAAAAACCCGAAACUCGUCGAGCGAGCCUGGAAAGGGAUACCCGACUGCUGGCGCGCGGCAGCCUGGUAUUCGUUCCUGGGGUCAAGCGCCAAGACGAGGGAGAGCACCGAGACAGACGAGCAGCUCAUGGCCGACUUCAACAAGCUGCAAGACGUGGCCUCGCCGGACGACGUCCAGAUAGACCUCGACGUGCCGAGGACUGUCAACGGGCACAUCAUGUUCCGCAAGCGAUACCGCGGCGGCCAGCGUCUCCUUUUUAGAGUCUUGCACGCCAUCUCCCUCUAUUUCCCCGAGACAGGCUACGUGCAGGGCAUGGCUUCGCUGGCGGCCACCUUGCUGUGCUACUACGACGAGGAGAGGUGCUUUGUCAUGCUAGUCAGGCUGUGGAGGUAUCGCGGCCUCGGCAUCCUCUACCACCCGGGGUUUGGUGGGCUUAUGGCUGCGCUAGGAGACUUUGAAAAGCGUUGGCUAGCCGGAAAGGACGUGGCCAACAAGCUCAACGAGCUCUCGAUUGAUGCAACGGCUUACGGGACGCGGUGGUACCUGACCUUGUUCAACCUCUCCAUCCCCUUUGCAGCCCAGCUCCGCGUCUGGGACGUCUUCAUGCUCAUGGGCGAAUGCCCGCCCGGAGCGCCCCCCUCAAGCCCAGGGGAAGCCGGGCAGUCCAAAGAGGGCGCCGAGACGGCUCCCCCCAAGGGGCUCGACGUGCUGCACGCGACUAGCGCCGCGCUCAUCCACGCGCUGCGCGACGUCCUGCUGGACUCGGACUUUGAGAACGCCAUGAAGGCGCUCACCGCCUGGAUCCCCAUCAAGGACGAGGACCUCCUGAUGAAGGUCGCGCGCGCCGAGUGGCGCCAGCACCAGGGCGGCAAGAGGAAGGAUAAGGCCUAGAGGGCUCUGCAGCAGUCGUCGAAGAUCUUGAGCAGGUGGAGGAUCUGGUGAUGCGCGACACACACCGGCGGGUGGUUUUUAAUAAUUUCUUUAUGAUUAUUUUCUCGUUGGCGGCUGGCGCGCGUGCGUGCGUGUGUCUGGGUGUGGGGGAAGUGUCGUUGGAGUACCGUUGGAUAGACUGUAGAUCAGAGGCACAUUGCACACAGAGCGAGCGAGGACUCGUUGUUAUUGUUGUCGCGGCUCGGCUUGAUUGGCUUAGCUUGGCUUGAAUCAGCCCGUUUUGCGCGAGGCCGGGAGGCGGGAGUCGGGCAGGCUGGCGAGGCGCGUGGUUUGUUGAUACCCCUUCCUUUUUUCCCUAUUAUUCUUCUUCGUCUUUUUUCCUCUUCUUAUUAUUCGUCUUCUUCGUCGUCGUCGUCGUCUUCUUCUUCUUCUUCUUCUUCUUCUUCUUCUUCUUCUUCUUCUUCUUCUUCUUCUUCUUCUUC